ACACAUUCUGCAAAUGAAAAAACACAACAAAGAACUGCCCUGCAACUUCUCCUUCCUCUUUUUUUUUUAAUUCACUCUGACCUCCAUUGGUGAUCUGUGUUUAGAUAGAUCCACUUUCUCAAUCUGCGUCCAAAAUGAACAUCUCGGUUUCUACCACGGCCACGCUUUUUACCCUGGAGGACAACAACAGCAGUAAGAGCUAUGAAGCGUCUUGUCCUCCAGAAGCUCAGCACGUAUCCCUCACUGUGCUCCUCUGCCUGGUUUAUCUGAUUGGGCUUCUUCUCAAUGGAUACAGCCUCUGGGUCUUCACCUGCAAGAUGGCCAAGUGGAGGACUGGCACGGUCCUGCAGUUCAACCUGGCAGUCAGUGAUGCCAUUGCUUCACCUGCUACACCACUGAUGGCCGCCUACUUCGCCAAAGGGAGCAAGUGGGAGUUUGGACGAUUUGCGUGUCAGCUGAAGAUAGCUUUGCUUAGUGCUCACUUCUAUGGAAGCAUAAUUUUUCUGACUCUGAUCAGCAUCCAUCGCUAUGUCAUGGUGGUCCACAUCAAGCAAGCUUCUCCGAUGAAGCGGAAAAGCUUCGUAAAGAAGCUGUGCUUUGGAGUUUGGUGCUUUUUGUUGGUAAAGGCCAUCGUCUACGGAGUGGUCCUGCCAGUAACAGCCGAAAAUGGCCACAUGCAAUGCCUCUCCAUACACCAGAAGGAUCUUACAGACGCCUACUUCGUCAUCAACUUCAUGCUCUUCAUUCUAGGCUUCAUCCUACCCUUCACCAUAUCUGUGGUUUGCUACAGCCGCCUGGCUAACUCGCUCUCCCGCCUCAAAGUGCACACCACCCAAGGCCAGGCCAUCAAGAUGAAGUCCAUGAAGAUGAUCGGAGUAUGCCUGCUGAUCUUCGGCCUCUGCUUCCUCCCUCUCAACGUCGUACGGACCGCUGGAGUUGUGGUGAAGAAGUACUACCCCGACCACUGCCAGCUCCUUCUACGCAUGGAAACAGCGUACUACGCUUCCUACAUCCUGGGUGGAAUUAACUGCUGCUUGGACCCCCUUAUCUACUUCUUCGGCUCGCAUAAUUUCAGCAGGGUGCUGAGAAAAUCCCUGUCCAGAAAAAUAGAUCAACAACCGGAACGAAAUACCAAAAGUGAGUCUGAAACUGUGAGCUUCUCCGCGAAAAGAAGUGCUGUUUAUAGCAUUUCUACAUCAGUGGAAAUAUAAAAAAAAACAUUCUUAUUCCUUAUUUUAUUUUCUCUAAUAAUCUCUUCAUUAAUGUCUGGUCAAAUCAGAGGUGGCAAGUGAUAAUGUAUAGGUACUUUACAUUACUAUAAUUAUGUAGAUUUUUGUAGUUUUUAAGUUUGUUUCACUUCUAACAUUUCAACAACAAAACAUGCAACAAAAAUGCUCACUAGAUUUGAGUUACACUUUAUAAUAAGGGUAAAACAAAUAACCAAUAAAGUACUGUAGGCAAAGAUAAACAUUGUUAAAUGGUUAAGUCUUAUCUCAAGUAAUUAUUAAUUUACACUAUUUAAGGCAUUAAUAAUUAUUGCAAAAAUGAUCAUGCUUGAUAUUGUUUUUAAAUGAGGCAUUCAUUUAAAAAAAUAAUUAAAAAUGUCUUAACUUGUGAAAUUAACUAAUAAUUAGUUCAGACAUUCUGUUGCGUGUUAAUUAUGUUAAUUGUUUAAAAAAGAAUCAGUUUUACAAGAUCAGAUAAGAAUUUAAUCAGUCAGCACUGUUAGCAGGAAAUGCUGUGGUUUCAGUGGCCAAAUCUGAUUGGAUAACACUGAUUUUACCAGUUUUAUAGAUAAACUAUGUGUUUACUACUAUUAUUUUCUUAAAAAUAAUACAGUAAAUACCUGAAAACCCAAACAGAUAAACGAGUGAUUGUUAAUUUUAGACGAAUGUAGUACAUUUUUAUUUAACAUAAAAAUAUAUAUAUAUAUAUAUAUAUAUUAUUUCAGUUUUUGCAGAAAUUAAAACGAAAAAGCAGAAAUUAAAAUGCCUUUGGUAUGAUAAUGCAGAUGCUACUGCAAUUCAACCAUAAGCUUCUAUUGACACUCAUUGUAAUCAUACCGUAUGGUUGUGUUCACCAUGGUAUGGUAGGAUUUCAUGAUUUUUUAAAAAUCCGUUCAGAACAGGAACAAUAUAUAAUACAGAUGCCCUUUGUAAAUCAGCAGAGCUUUUACGUGUUUACAUGUUUUAGUAAUUUAAUCACUCUUUAAAGAACUGUCUACUGAAAGGGUUUAUAGGGAACUUAAUCUGGUGCUUCUCUAUAUGUGGCAUUUCUCCAAAUCGUUAUUUUUACCAAUGUGUUUUAAAACAACAAUAACAGACUUCAUACCGUAUGUAUAUAAUAUGCAUCAAAUGUACAAUAGGCCAAUGUUUGUAAUAUUAUUAUAAAUUGUAAUAAAGUUAGGAAGAAUAAUGCAAUUGAAUUGAAUAAAUAAUAUUUAGUAUUUCCUUUUUUAUACUGGAAUGAUAGGACAUUAUAAAAACUGAUCAGUCACCUUGUGCAAAUAAUGAUGUACCAUUUUUAUUUAUUAAAUAAUUCAAUAUGUUUUUUCUUCAUGGUUGACUGUUCAUGACGUUGAUUUUAGUAUUAACUCACAAUGCAAAAUAUAUUUUUUAAUGUAAAUGUAAAACAACUGACUUUAUGGCUUGUCCAAAUGUUUUACUUGCAAUGUAUAUGAACAGCAUAUGAACAUAAAAUUAGUUCAUUCAAAGAAUGUGUUCUCAUUUAAUAAAACUGUUUAAGUCCUAUUUUUGAAAAUAGUUUAAUACAAAAAAUAUAUUUUAAGCAAGAAUUCUGUAAUUAUAUAUUAACACAUAUUUAAUGUAAUUGCAUUACUGUGUAUAGUAUGUUAUUACAAUAAAAAUGUUCUUU